AUGGCUCCGCAAAACGUGAACGUCCUCCUCUCAACAUUCCCCGGUCUCUCUCUUCCCUCGACUCUCUCAUUCUCCCUCCCAUCGACCUCAUCUAUCGCCGACCUCACCGAGAAGGUUUCCUCAUAUAUUCCGUCAUCCGUACCUCUCCAGUCACUUAUCUUAACUACGACAAACAACAGACAAAUACUCCCUUCGUCAGAUCUAUCGAUCUCACAUCUUAUUGCUCCUGAUGGCGAACUCACUGCGAAGUCAAACCUCCUUCCCCUCCGCCUCUCGGUGCCCCUAUGCGGAGGAAAGGGUGGUUUUGGUUCCCAGCUUCGUGCAGCUGGUGGGCGCAUGUCAAGCAAGAGAAAGCGCAACCAGGGCGACGAUAACGGCUCCAGUCGCAAUCUCGAUGGUCGCCGUAUCCGUACCGUCAACGAAGCCAAAGCGCUCGCCGAGUAUCUGGCAGUCAAGCCAGAAAUGGACCGUAAGGAGAAGGAGGAGCGCCGACGGAGGUGGCAGGCUGUUGUGGAGGCUGCGGAAAAACGCGAGGAGGAACUGAAGAAUGGCGGCGGCAAGCAGAAGGUUGACGGCCAGUGGAUGGAAGAUAAAGAGGAGAUGAACGAGAAGGCUAGGGAGGCUGUUCUUGCGGCGAUGAAGGAUGGUAUGUGGACGGACAAUCUUCAUGAUGUUAUACGUGAUAAUAUCUUGGGCGGGUCUAGUACGAGUGCUAGCGAGGGAAGUGAGCAGGAAUCUGCUUCUGCGUCGGAAGAGAGUGAAGACGAGCAGGAGAUGAAGGAUGCGCCGGGCCCGUCAGAGCCGGCUCCCAAGUCUGCAGCCCCGCGAAAGUUCAUUGGAUUUGAUGAUGACGAUGAGUUUAUGAGCGAUUCUGAGGAAGAGGAAAACGACCAAGCUAAUGAUGCUGAAGGGAAAGGCAAGGCGAAGGCUUAA